CCUCCGCCAGGAUCAAUGGAAGAAAUCGCCAGUUCAACGGCGAAUGUCGCCGGAAUAUCCUCUGUAUUUCCGUUGGAUUAGUUCAUCUGAGCUCAAGAUCGAACCUCGUGUUUUGUUGAAUCUUCAUCGCCGUGUUUGAGGAUAUUUUUUUUUUCCAUGUUCGACAUUUAGGGUUUCGUGUUUUGGGAGCCGUAUCGAUCUCGAAUCCGAGAUUUUGGUCUCGAUUUUGCGUUUCUCGUUGAGAUUUCGUGUUCUUUUUUUUGAUCGGAAUCGCGCUGCCAAAGCCGUUCCCGAUGAAGGUCCAACCGAUCGAUUGUAUGGGAGAGGUGGCCUUCGCGCCGGCGAAGCCUAUCGCGAAGUCCCGCCUGAAGCGGCUCUUCGAGCGGCAGUUCUUGAGGAGCGCGUUGGUGGAGAAAGCUGUGGGGUCUGGUGACGGGAAGGACCACUCCGACGACGCGGUGAGCUUGGACGCCAUGGUUUUCGGUUUCUUCGAGGAGGGGAACCACGAGAAGCCGCCGCGAGGCCGCUGCAAUUGCUUCCACUCCAACUCCGAAGGCAGCGACGACGACGACGCCGACGAUGACGAUGACGACGACGGCGAACGCAAGAACGCUCCAGGAACUGCCAUUCCCAGCGACGCGAUCGAGGCGAUUAAGGGUUUGGUGUUCUGCGCGAGCAUGGCGGAGAGAAAUCUCUUGGCGGAUGCAUCGAGAAUCCUCGACAAAGCGAGGAACUCAAAGACCAAGGGAAAUUGCACAGCGGUGUUGGCCGCCGGACUUCGAUCGCUCGGCUACGAUGCGGCCAUUUGCAAAUCCCGAUGGGAUAAAAAUCCUUCUUUUCCGGCGGGGGAGCACGAGUACGUCGACGCGGUGGUCGGCGGCGACCGCCUCCUGGUGGACGCGGGCUUCCGGUCGGAGUUCGAGGUGGCGCGGCCCAGCAAGACGUACCGUGCCAUCAUCCAGCUGCUGCCGCAGGUGUUCGUCGGCCAGCCCCACCGACUCCAGCAGAUCGUGGCCGUCGCCUCGGAGGCAGCCCGGCAGAGCCUGAAGAAGAACGGCCUCCACGUGCCGCCGUGGAGGCGGCACGAGUACAUGAGGACCAAGUGGUUCUCCGCUUACCAUCGCGCAGCCGCCGUGGAAGAAGCUGAAGCCAAGGACAUCUCCUCCGAGGAAGCGACGACGGCGGCAAUAGAGGUGGUGGGCUCACCGUGGACGACGGUGCCAGCGAGGCCAAAGCCGGGGGAUAAAUUUCUCACCGGACUUGCUUUGGCCUUGCAAAAAAUAAAUACUUAAUUUUUUUUUUUUAGAUUUUCGGAUUUUAUUUUGAGUGAUAUAAUAUCAUAGUGAGAGUUACUAUUUUUCCUUAUUAUCUUAGAUUUUAUAUAAAUGCUUAAUAUUAAGAAAAUAAAAGAUUUUGAACAAAAUCUAAUCAAUCUAAAUGUAUAACAUUGAAAAUAAAU